AUGCAACGGUCAGAAGUCAAACAAAAAUCCAUUAAAAAUAAUAAUGCUAAAACUCACUCAUGUCCUGCUUCACCACCAAGAAAACGCGUCAAACAAUCAGAACAAAUGUUUCUAGAUUUUGGACAAAAAAAUUUCGAUACUUACACUUGUCCAGAGUGCCAAAUGCCUUAUAGUAGGGGUACGGUCGAAGAUGAGGCGAUACAUGCAAAAUAUCAUAAGGCAGUUGUUAGAGGAAUCACUUACACGAGUUAUAAACAUGAGAUGAUGUUGCAACAGUUUCCAGAAGAUAAUAGUCGUAUAAUGAUGCUUGCAUAUAACCAAUCAAAUCAGUUUGAAAAACGAAAGAAAAAAGUUGAAGGGUGUGUGAUAGCAGAACCAAUUACUCGAGCUUAUAAAGUUUCACGCGGUGACAAUGAAAUUAAACGUGAUGAAAAAAUGCAAGUCGGAACUUCAAAUGAUGGAUCAGCAAUUUUUUGUUUUACAAAGCCAAUUGGAGCUGUGUGUGGAAUAAACCGAGUAUGGGUAUCCAAGCCAUAUAGGAGAAAAGGUGUUGCAACAAAAUUGUUAGACAUUGUUAGGGAAAAAUUCGUGUAUGGGUGUAUUCUCAGACCUAAUGAUUUGGCGUUUUCACAACCAACUGGAGAUGGUCAAGCCUUUGCCGCUAAAUACACAGGCACUAUAGAGUUUCUUGUAUACGCUGAAGACUAA